AUGAGAAGGUCUGGAAGUGGCGUUAGCUUCAGAUGUCCCAACUAUAAAUACGUCGGUUUAUUGGAUGGUAGAAUCAGAAUCCCAAGCCCAGCUGAAAGAGAAGUCAACAUGCGAUCAGUUCUUGCGCUAUCUUUGGCAGUCCUGGCCACCUUAGUUGUCCUGUCAUCGCAGGCAUCUACGCCCGCCUCUAGCUCCACCUCCCCAUCGAGCAGUUCCACCUCCCCGUCGAGCAGCUCCACCUCCCCAUCAAGCAGCUCCACCUCCCCGUCGAGCAGCUCCACCUCCCCAUCAAGCAGCUCCUCCUCGACAUCCGACAGCGCAACCACCACGACCACCACUACCACCACCACCACUGCUGCGACCACCACCACCGAGAAGACGAAGAAGAGGCAUCGCCGCAGGCACCGCAGGAGGAGGAUCAUCAUCAUCCGGGGAGGUGGAGGUGGUCGGGGAGAAAGGCGUCGCAGGGAACGCGAUGACGGCGGUGACGAUGGCGGUCGCGUCGUGAGGCGCAUCCGUGUGCGUGAGCGCCGAGUUGGUGGCCGUUUUGCCCGCUUCUAAAGAUCCUGUCCAUCAUGUACGAUUCUCAAUGAAAAAUAAAGUCAGAAACUGUAUUUGCAAACAUA